AGCGAGACAUAGUCAGUUGACUCAUCCACUGAUGCAUUCCAUUCACGCGUUGUCUACCGCCGCAAGCACAUACAAGGUCCCCUCCUUCUACCUCGCACCACAUAUACCAUUGGCCGGCACCUUGCGCACGUCUGGCUGUGCUAUGCUACACACAUGCAAUGACUGACUGACGCACCCAACCACCGUCAGCGCCGCACAAUCGACUCACACAAGCUAUCUGCAGACAGCCAUCCCCGGCCCACCCCCUCACUGGCCCCCCGCCCCGGCCUCGUCUGAGUCACGCUGAUCUGCGUGCUCCUCACUCGCUGCCGCUCUGCCGCCCUCGCCACCCUCCUCAUUGCUGUCAUCGUCGUGCACCGAGAAGUCGAUGCCGCUGCACAUUGCCAACCAACGACAUCCACAGCAAUUAAUCGAGUUAACCGGUUGACGGGCGCCCAUCCCUUCCCAUGGAUUUGUCCUGGUGAAUGCAUGUUCUUUACUCACCUGGCGGCGCCGCCGACGAGCAGGAGUGCCAGGUCGGUGAUGUCCUGGUCACACUUGGCCUUUCUUGCCUUGCGCUGCAGCCAUUUGAGGAAGUCGAGCUGGUCCUGCCAGAGGUCCUUCAUCUUGGGCCGCAGCUGGCGGAACACGUCCAUGGCCACCUCCAGGUUGAACCGGUCGGGGUGCGACCCCCACGUCGCAUCGAAGUCAGCCGUCAUCGUCUGGAAAAACUGGUGGACACACAAAAUACCAUACCACAUCACACACGUGUGGUCAUUCCUCUCUCUGUCUCUCUCCACUGGCUGGCUGUGUGUGUACCUGGAAGACCUUCCGUGGCCCCCACUGUUUGCGGUCUUUGGCAAAGGGUCUGUGGUACUUGAGGAGGAUCCUGAACCGGCUGUUGACGCGGAACGACGUGCGAAAAACCUGUGGGAUGGUGGACGGCAACACACACACAGCCGGUGUUUUUACUUUGAUGUGCCUGUCCUGUCUGCGGAAGGAAGACCUGGAAGUCCUCGAAGAGGGGCAGGAAGAGGCUGAGCAUCAGGAGGUCCUGGUACCGCAGCGUCAUGACCAGCAGCAUGUGGCCGCCCUCGCGCAGGAAUGUCAGGGCCAGCCGGUAGACGUUGCGCGUCAGCCGCAUGCGGUAGUUUCGCUGCUGGUCGUCCUCCUUGGUGACGACGUCCUGCUGCCCGCGGUGGAUGAUGGCGCCGUGGUGCACUACAUCGAAGAGGGGCACGUCCCCGCCCCUGCCGUGGUGGUGCCGCCCGCCGCCCGCCCGGUGCUCCUCGAGUGAGCGCUGGAUGACGGGCUUGAGUCGCUCGAAGGCGUCCUCGGUGCUGAGGUCGUCCCAGAGGAGGUUGAUGGACUGCUUGUUGCGGUAGACCAUCUGCAUCCCGUGCAUGUGCGGCGGCAGCGUGAUGCCCGUCACCUUGGCACGGCAGUCCUCACACCAGAACUUCACCGCACCGCCUGGCGCAGCACCGAACUCGAGGACACACGCGUUGCGGGGCAGCUCGCGCGUCUCCUUGGGCUCGUAGAAGGCCAAGUUGGGCAUGCCCACGCGAUACGAAUCGUAGUAUGACGCCUGCAGACACGACACGCACACAAGACACGCAGCCGACAAGUGAUGUGUCUGCACAUGAUCUGUGUGUGUGAGUUGGCUGAGGACGCACCACAUGGUCGAAGUGGCCGGUCGCCCCGCGCCCCCUGAUGUCCCGGUUGCUGAAGAUCUGCUUGCGGCGGUCCCACACGGCGCCGAACUGCUCGUCCUGCCACCCCUGGUCACGAACCUGCGUCAGCUCGGCAUACAACCUGAUAAAUGGGGAAGGGGAAUGUAUGGCACACAGACAGGAUCAGGUCUACAGACUCACACCAUACCAUGGAUGUUGUGUGUCAUCUAUCUCAUCAUUCACUUACGAAUCCUCCUCACACAUCCAUGCGGACAAUAUCUCGUUCUCAGCCUCGCUGCAGACAGACGACAGACACGACAAGCAGCCGCACACAAUACAACACAUCACAUCAGCCCGUUGCGGGUGGUGCGGUGCACUGAUGAAUGUGAUUGCACCCUUUCUCGCUUGUCUCGAACUUUUGGAACUCAUCGGUCUCUGCGUGGUGGGGGUGCUGCCCGUUGGCCUGGUGCGAUGGGGAAUCGGCCGACCCAUCCUGCGAAUGAGUCGCAUCCUCCUGAUGCGGGAUAUCCGCUGGCUCUUCUGCCGUCGCCAUUGGUCUACGGAUGCCUUGUCCUGCCCCUGCCCCUGCCCCUUUCCUUUCG